AUGCUGCUUGGGCACGUGACACUGGUGAGGUUCUGCGCUGGCGGCUCUACGCCGGCGCCCAGGGUCGUGACACCCGACGCUGCCGUGACGGCCCUCGAGGACCGCCUCAUCAAGACGCAGAGAUCCUCGGCCGCCGGCCUCGCGGCGCAGAUGGCCAAGACCAACAUCCAGGCGCCGCCCCUCCAGGCCCGCGGCCAGCCCGUCACGCUGUGGUCCAACUACUUCAACGUCACCUUCAAACCCAUGGUGCUGUACAAGUACACCUUUGAGUUUGUCCAGGCCGCCAGCCGCGAGGUCAAGGGCCGCAAGCUCUACUUUGCCGUCCGCGAGCUGCUCGCCACCCUCAAGGCCGCCGACAAGACGCUCGUGCUCGCCACCGAGUACAAGAGCCAGCUCGUCUCGCUCCAGAAGCUCAAGCUGGCCGAGAACCCGGUGCGGUUCCGGCUGGCCGUCGAGACCAGCGGCGACAAGUGGGACGUCAUCGAGGCCACCAUCCACGGCCCGACAGAGGCGCCCCUCGACGCCCUGCUCAAGUACUACCCGGACGUCGUCGACGCCCUCAACGUCAUUCUCGGCCACGGCCCGCGCUCCAAGCUGCACGACAUCUCGGCCGUCGGCAGCGCCCGCUUCUUCCCCUUUGGCAAAGACGAGGCCGCCACCAACCUGUUCCAGGACUUUCACCAGCUCAUCGCCGCCCGGGGUUUCUUCCAGUCGGCCCGCCUAGGCACCGGCCGGCUUCUGCUCAACGCAAACGUCAGCCACGGCGUCUUCCCAAAGUUGAUGCCGACGUGGGCAGCCCUCCCCUUGUCGCGAGGCUCCCUCCGCUGCAAGCUUCGCCACCCCCGACACUUCCCAGGCAUGCACAUGUACAUUGUCAUACAUUGGGUCAACGGCGAGGGAAGAGAAAUUAACGGACAAGUCCUGCCUCGCGUUCCCUCCCUGAACCCCGUCGCAGGGGAGGCUGCGGACUAG